CCAAGGCAAACACCCCCUUAAUUGUUCCUUUUCUGAUAAUGAAAUAUAGUGUUUGUUGCUGGAGGUGGAUGAUUGCAGUGGAAGGUUGACGGUGGUGGCUAAAGUAGAUGGUGUUUGGUCGGAGAAGAUUGCCUAUAUAUAACUUAAUGGUAAAUUAUGUAAACAAAUUUUAACAAUAAAUCAUAUGAAAAAUACACUAACGAGUUACGGGUAAUACUAAAUCGUAAUUAGAGUUUAAGAACAAUUCAUAUUAGUUUGAAAUGACGUGGACGGAACUCGCCUCCCAAAAUCUUCUCUUCCCUUAAACCCUAGCAAUCAAAUUAAUACUUCACUUCACCACAACAAAAACCCACAAAUGAUCUGCCCCAAAACUUUCCGUUUGCAUCAAAUUCGCACACUCUUAAACCCUAAUUUACACACUGAAACCCACUUGAUUCCUUUCAUCAAUACCAAAUCAUCGUCACCCAGUUCUAUUUUUAGCCGGAGCGUAUCGCUUUCUUCUCAAUUCCAACACAAAUUCGCUACGCAAGAAGCAAAUGGGAAGUCAAAGAAACCGUUGGAAAUCCUUUUCGCAGAAGAAGUUGGGUUAUCUAAAGCAGACACUAAAAACAGUGAAGAUGAAAAGGGAAAACUCAAGAAAAGUUUGAGAAAAUUGGAGGUGGAAUUGGGAAGAUAUAAAAAAGAUUCAACGAAAGAAACAAAGUGUUUAUCAAGUAUAUUUUCGAAGCCACUGGACACCCUUUUCACAGAAGCAGUCGGAUUAUCAAAAACGGGUGAACAAGACCACAUUGAUGAUCAAGAAUCAAAAAAGGGUGUGCAGAUAUUAUCGAGUUUGUUUAUGAGUACUGAUCAAAGAGGGAAAUCAAAAACAGAGUCGAAGAAAGUAGAGAAAUCAAUGGAAUUUAAGAAGCUAUCACCAGAUAUGGCUAUGUUCGCUAAUUUUUUGCAUUCAAAAGGGUACUUAUCGAAUGCAAACUUUCUCCUAAACAAUAAAUUCGAUGUUUCUUGUUUCGAGAACAACUAUGGCCGAGAUUUCUUGAAGUUUGCAGCUGAAAAGUUUGCCAAAGAUCAUCGAGACAUCUACAGGUGGUUGUCAAAUGGUGAUUUGAAAAAGGUUGCUCAAUUCGGAUGCCCUUCCCUUGGUAGAAAGAAUGUUUUUUCCUCCAAAGCCAUGCGCCAUUCUUUUGGGAUUCAAGAAGAACCCGUAUGUAGCAAAUGCGCGUUAAAAGAUUCGUGCAAAUUUGUUAACCAAAGCGUAUGGAAAAAGGGGGCGAAAAAUGUUGACUUGACUGUGGUGAUGAGGGUUAUAAUUUUGUAUGCUCUUGAAGCCGUACCUAAUGAAUUAAAAGUGCCUGAUGAUAUAAAGAAUACAGUUAAUCGGUUGCUGAAAGAAGUCGUUCGUUUAAGUGAAAUUGAAUCUUGAAUUUAUUUUGUAAUAGGUAUUGAUUUAUAAGAGCAUCAAAUAAUUUGUGUGUUUCUUUGAUAGUGAAAUUAAUUUCAACGGGAAAUUUUUGUUUUAGGGAAUGUAGGUUAAAAAUGACUCUUAGUAAGAAAUAACCAUAUAAAUAUAUAUUUGGAAAAUUUAGGGGUCGUUUGAUAA